AUGGAAGCUCAGGCCUACGCUGAGCGCUAUAGACAGGUGAUGUCUAUAGAGCAGACCAAGAACAGCCUGAUUGAGGAGCUUCUGCAACGAGUGGUAGAGCUUGAAAAUGCUCUUCAGCGCCAGAAACUUGACCAUGAACGCGAGAAGCAUUUUAAUCGUGAGAUUCAGAUCCAUGAGAUGGAGCUAAUGAACGAAAUCACCAGGAUGAACGCACUCAUGCACCGUGAACCCUAUAUGAUUGUCCUUCUGGACGGACAUGGCCUUAUUUUCAAGGAGGAGUUCCUGAAGCAGGGUGAACAAGGUGGAAAAAAUGCAGCAAAAGAGCUCUCAACUGCAUUGCAAGAUUACAUUACAACUCAUUUCCCAAACAUUGCCUCACCCAAGAUCGUGACCAUGAUCUAUAUGAAUGUCAAGGGACUGACCGACCUCUGCAUUCAAGGAGGAAUCAAAACAGAGCUCUCGGUACUUGAGGGAUUCGUCCGAGGCUUCAAUAGCAAUAGUUUGCUCUCUGAUAUCAUCGAUGUUGGCGCUGGCAAGAAUAAAGCCAGUGAUAAGAUCGAAGAGAUCUUCAAGCGCAAUCUAAACAACUGCCAUUGUCAUCAGAUCUUGCUCGGUUGCUCACAAGAUGAUGCUUAUGCUCGGUUUCUCAGAGAAACAAUGGUGGACUACAAGUACAUAGGGAGGGUGACUCUCAUCGAGGGUGUUCCAUUGCAGGGAGACAUGAAGGCAAUGAAGCCAUCCUAUAGGGUCGCAAAAUUUACUCAUAUCUUCCGAGAGACGAGCAUUACAUCGGCGUCGGCUCCUCAGGAAGCUGCAGUUGUCACCAAGCCCCGUUCCUCCCUUACACCAUCGCCAGUUCAGCAUGCAACACCACUCUCGAAAACGUCCACAAAUACCACGAUGACAAGUAACAGUCCUGCAUUGUCGACCUCUUCGAGGAAAAUGCUAAAAUCAGAAGAAUUCCAACCGGUUGUUCGCUCCAUUCGCUCUAAGGCAUCAAGCUCUCCACCUCCCAAGAUCGUGGAACGGAACAAGUACGGGCAGCGUGUCGAUCGCUUUGAUAUCAAGUCAAUCCCCAAGGAUGAUUUGAACCGCAUGAAGAAGCUGAAGCUUUGCAACUAUUUCUACUUACAAGGCGAAUGUCCCAUUGAGGAUUGCCAUCACGAUCACUCACGCAAAUUAAGCAAAAGUGAGCACCAUAUCCUGACGGUCGUUGCACGCAUGACGCCUUGUCGCUACAAAUCUGACUGCGAUGAUCCUGACUGUAUGUACGGACACCGUUGCCCUCAUAGCGAGCCAGGCAAGAGGGACUGCGUCUGGGGCUCGACCUGCAGAUUCGAUGCCGCCGCCCAUGGAGUAGAUACGACAAUUGUCAAGGUCACCAAAAUAUGA